CUUUACUCUAUCUUCACCAAAUUUUCUCACUCUCUCUAACAAAACUUUACCUUCGUACCUACCAAAAGCAAGGUCAACAAUGGCUUCUCUGAGUUCUGCUCCGAGAACCAUCCGUUCCUCUGAGAAACUGCCAUUUCCAAGAUCACUACCCACCAUUAACAAACUCCCCUUCAUGCUCUCAAACCCAUCUCACUCCCAAACCCUCAAACUCCAAACCAUCACACCAAAAAACCCCAGCUUUUCACUACCCAGAAGAUCAUUCACUUGCAAAAUCCACGCCGACCCGUCAGAUUCUGCAAGACCCACCAAAGUUCAAGAACUGCACGUAUACGAGGUCAACGACCUUGAUCGUGGAAGCCCUGCCUAUCUCGGAUUGAGUAAAAAAACCGUCCAUUCCCUUGGCGAUCUCGUCCCCUUCACUAACAAAUUGUUCACCGGAGACCUGAAAAAACAGCUGGGCAUCACACAGGGAUUAUGCGUCGUGAUCGAAAACAAACCGGAAAAGAAAGGCGACCGGUACGAGGCCAGCUACAGCUUUCAGUUUGGAGACUACGGUCACAUGGCGGUGAGGGGGGCGUAUUUGACCUACGAGGACACUUAUCUCACUGUGAUUGGUGGGUCUGGGAUCUUCGAGGGGGUGUACGGGCAGGUGAAGCUGCAGCAGAUUGUGUUUCCCUUCAAGAUUUUCUACACGUUUUACCUGAGGGGCAUCAAGGAGUUGCCGGAGGAGCUUCUUGUGAAGCCCGUAGAGCCCAACCUAGUCAUCGACCCCUUCCUUUAUUAUGUGUCCCAUUGGAAACCUAUUUUACGUGUGUUAUUCUCGGGGCUCUCUUCACAACCAAAGCUCCCUGUAAACAAAGAAAGUUCGUGAGUUUGACGUUUGUUGACUUGUUCUGCGGUUUGUAAAAAAAAAUGAAAUUGAGUUCAUGAUGUUUUUUUUACAACGCUUUAUCUAAUGGCAUCCAAUCUCUUUAUGUGUU